GUCCGCACUAAACCCCCCUCUCUCUCUUUCUCUCUCUCUAAACAUCUCCGACCGCUGUGUUCUUUCCCUUGUAAUGGUCAUAGCUUAGCGAAACUCAAAAACUUUUGAUGAAUAUAGCCGAAGACAAGAUGGCCAGUACUGAGUCAAAUAGCCCAUCUGCCCCAGGAGAAAAGCAAUCAGUAUCUCCAUCACAGCACACAGAUCUGACUGAAUCUACCUCAUCUGAGAAUUUUCAAGCAGAUACACUCCGGAAAUUUAGUUAUUCAGAACUAGCAGAGGCAACAAAUAGUUUCUCCAACUCGGUAUGUCUUGGCGGUGGUACUUUUGGUAUUGUCUACAGGGGAUGCCUUCCAAUUGGUGAUUUCGCUGUUAAGAAACUUUAUUAUACGGGGGAUGGACAGCAUAUAGAGGAAUUUGAGAAUCGGAUUAAUGUAAUCGGCAUGGCGCGUCACCGACAUCUUGUUAGUCUGAUUGGCUACUGCUGUGAAGAAUACGAUAGAUUGCUUGUUUUAGAGUUUGUUCCCAACAGAUCUUUGAGAUUUCAUCUAAGAGAUGCAGAGAGAAGAUCAAAGUUGAAGUGGUCAAAAAGGAUGAAAAUUGCUAUAGGCUCUGCAAAAGGAUUGAAAUAUCUACACGAAUACUGUGAACCCAAAAUUAUCCAUGGAGGCAUUAAAUCAGAUAAUAUUCUUUUAGACCGCAAUUUUGAACCAAAGGUUGCUGAUUUUGGGCUUGCUAUUCUUUUAGAAGGGUAUGAUGCAGCUCGCAUUUACGUAGAUUCAAACAUUUCUGAUCUUGAAAAAAUUUCUGAAUUGGAUAUUUAUUCUUUUGGUGUCACACUUUUGGAGCUUAUCACUGGAAGAAAGAUUUACGAAGAUGAAUAUAUCGUGAAAUGGGCGAGGCCUCUAAUAAUCAAAAGAGGUUCAAUAAAUGUGGAUUACAAUAGUCUUGUUGAUUCCACAUUGAAAGGAGAGUAUGAUCAAAGUGAGAUGGAACGAAUAAUUUAUUGUAUAGCUGCUAGCGUUUAUAGGCCAUGGAAGCUUCGGCCAAGAAUGAGACAGAUACUUAAAGCCCUCGAAGGAGUAAUAUCACACAAGGAAUUAUGGAUUGAGUAUGGCUCAUCUGAGGAUUUUGAAGCACAUGGACCCAGGAAAUUUACAUUUGAAGAGCUAGCAAUUGCAACAUGUCAUUUCUCCAACGAAAAUGUUAUUGGCAUUGGCCAUUUUGGGAAUGUGUACAAGGGAAUCCUUCCAAACGGUGAGAUGGUUGCUAUUAAGAAACUUACAUAUGUUGACGGACUGCUGAAGGAAGAAUUCGAGAAUCAGAUUAUGGCAGUUGGCAUGGUUCGUCACCGAAAUCUUGUUAGCCUGAUCGGCUACUGCUGUGAAGAAUACGAUAAAUUGCUUGUUUUAGAGUUUAUUCCCAAUAAAUCUUUGGGAUUUCAUUUAAGUGAUACAGAGAGCAGAUCAAACUUGAAGUGGUCAACAAGAAUGAAAAUUGCUAUAGAAUCUGCAAAAGGUUUGGAAUAUCUACAUGAACAUUAUCCUCACUCUCAAAUUAAGGCAAAUGAUAUUUUUUUAGACGAGAACUUUACACCAAAGAUUGUUGAUUUUUGGCAUGCUGAAUUUUUUCCAAAAACUGAUCCCAGACGCAUCUCCGCUGAUCGAAAAGAAGCUAGCAUUUAUACAGAUCUAAAAAUUUCCGAUUCUCAAUCAAUUUUUGAUAGAUCGGAAAUUUAUUCUUUUGGUGUUGUCCUUUUAGAGCUUAUUACCGGCAGAAGAAAUAAAGAUAUCGUGAAUUGGGCGAGACCUCUAAUAAUCAAAGGAGAUUCAAUAAAUGUUGAUUACGAUGGGCUCGUUGAUUCAACAUUGAAAGGACAAUAUGAUCAAAGUGAAGUGGAACGAAUAAUUUAUUGUAUAGCUGCUAGCAUAUAUACUCCAUCCUCGAAGCUUCGGCCAAAAAUGGGACAGAUACUUGAAGCCCUUGAAGGAUUAAUACCACAUCAGCAAUUAUGGGCUGUGGAAGGCGAGACCUCUAAUAAUCAAAGGAGAUUCAAUAAAUGUUGAUUACGAUGGGCUCGUUGAUUCAACAUUGAAAGGACAAUAUGAUCAAAGUGAAGUGGAACGAAUAAUUUAUUGUAUAGCUGCUAGCAUAUAUACUCCAUCCUCGAAGCUUCGGCCAAAAAUGGGACAGAUACUUGAAGCCCUUGAAGGAUUAAUACCACAUCAGCAAUUAUGGGCUGUGGAAG